GCCCCCUCACGUGAUGGCGGCGCCUCCUCCCUCGCGUAAUGGCGGCGCCGCCUGACGGGACGGGCAGCGGCGGCAUGGCGGCGGCACCGGGGGGGGACGGCGACGGGGCCGGGCCGGGCCCCAGCGGGGGUAACGGGGACAGCGGGCACGUCUCCCAGAGCCACAGCAACGCCUCCGGGCUCGGCGAGCAGGAGGACGAGGAGGGGGACGCCCUGGAGGCGUCGCUCAGCGCCACCGCCGCCGCUUACACCGCCUACCUGCUCGUCGACCGCAGCGCCUUCAGCGAGCAGGUGGAGAGCCUGGAGAGGAGCCUGGACGAGCUGCUGACCAGGGUGGAUGAGUUCGUGGGGAUGCUGGACAUGAUUAGAAGCGAUUCCUCCCAAGUCAUCAAUGAAAGCAUACCCGAAAUUUACACAAAAGCUACAGAAAUGAGACAGGUAUACAAGAAGAUUGACAACCUAGAGGCUUUUGUGAAGAUGAUUGGAAACUGUGUGGCUGGAAUGGAAGAACGGGUCACAAAGGCAGAAACAGACCUCGGAGCUUUCCCAAGCACAUUCAAGAAAAUCUUGCACACAAUCAGCAUGCCAUCCUUCCUUAACAAAUCGUCUUCCUCACGACAACAGACCCCCUAUGAACCUCCAGUCCUCUUCAAGACUGAAGACUAUUUUCCGUGUCUUAAUGAAGCACCUUAUUGACAAUUUUUGUUCUGGGAUUGGAAUUAAUCAGCCGGAACAGAGAAAGCCAAGUGAACAAAAGAAAUGCUAACCUCAAAACAGCUGCAUUUCUGAGCGUUAUUAAUGGCAUAUUGCCAUUCUGAUUCUCAUUGUCUUCCUUCAGGCAGUGUUUUCAGGUAAUCUUUGUUUGUGAAUAUUCUUUGAAAAGUCUUCCUAAAACACAGUAUACGUUUUCAGAUUAUAUUGGGAAAUGAACUUCUACAGCAGGGUUGUGUUUGUUCUGUGUUUUUUUUUUUUUAUAGGGAAAUAAUAGGAAACAUACUUUUAUAUUAUAUAUCUUUUAACACUUCAGUAUCUGUGCUGCUGCAAAUGUAAAUAGCCGUACCUCAAGGAUGUCUUUUUUUUUUUUUAAUAUACUGACUGAGGUGAAAGAAAAGCUCUAUGCAUAAAAUCAUUGUAAGUUUUGGAACUUGGUCCCUGCACUGUGUGUAGACAAGCGCACCGCAGCAGGAUGUGCAGGUGGCAAGGGGAGGACUCGGAAGAUUGGUGAGGAGUCAAGGACAUGGCUUGGCGUGUGGGAUCCUGUCCCAGUUCACAACACAACAUCCCGGCCCUCUGAUGACCAGCAGGUCACUGUGGCCACACCUUCUAAUUCCUGCAGCGUUGUGUUGAUCGAUGUGGAGUCAGGUGGGCAUGGUAUAUAUGAUCUGCUGUCAGAAAGAAAAAGUGUGUAAACUGAGGCAGGGCUAUCCCUGGGCUGAGCCUUUGUAGGACACCUGCCCUGACCUUACACUUCUCCCUUUCAAACCUCUGUGCAGUGACUGGUGCUGCUUGUGCUGACUGGAGUGGGAGUAAAAUGUCAAUAAACUAAUGGCUAUCUAACACCUGGUGUACUCUUGAAUCACACCUGAGGGUCCUGAACUGCACAGUUAUUUCUGAGAACCUUUUUGUUACAGCCUGCUGUAACAUCCUAGCAGUUGUUAAUCAUUACUUGUUAUGUUCUUAAAAUCAUUAGGCUUUAAAAACAGUUUUAAUAUAAAAGCAACACCUGAACUUCAACACAGAGUCUAGAACUUACACUUACAUGGGAACACACAGGAAAGAGCAGACGCAUUUCUAUCAAGAGGAACACCCAAAUACUCUCUCUCACCACUCCUUACUUUCUUCAAUACCUAAGCAUUUCGCUCUAGACAUUCCAUUGCAGCAGCAGUUGCCUUUCCAAAAGGCAGGGUACCUGUCCAUUUAUGUCAGAAUAAUAAAGGCUUAUUAGUCCUUCUCAGUGAAAUCUAAAGAAAUGGUGUGCCUAUAACUUAGUGUAAAAACCUAAGGCUGCAGUCAAAUAUUCUUAAGCACACCAAAUACUCUCAAGCACACUGAUACUGAUGGUACAAAACCUCUUAAUUUUAGAACCGCUUUCUAACUAAUGGAUCAACUGCUCAAAUAACUUUUCCCGUUACUGAAUGGAGCUGAAUGAAUUCAUUGACAAAUGCAAGGAGGAAAAACUGAAGUGGGCUUUUACGUUAAAACAGUUCCAUGGAAAACAUAAUUUAUUUUCAAAGAACGCCAUAAACAAAAACAAUGCAAUUCCCAUGACUCAUAGUUUGUAUGUUGUAAAUGCUCCAGAAUAUUUUUAAUUCUGACAAUAAUGGACAGAGCAUUGAAGAUUCACUAAAGAAAUGCUAUAACAUGCAAUGCUCCCAGGUUGGAUGGGGCUUUGGGCAACCUGGUCUGGUGGGAGGUGUCCCUGCCCAUGGCAGGGGGUUGGAACUGGGUGGGCUUUAAGGUCCCUUCUAACCCAAGCCAUUAUGUGAUUCUAUAAAAGUACUGAUGAUACCUAAGCUGUGGCUUUUUUAUAUAUAUAUGGUACAGAAUAACAAGGUUACAGCUGAUCUGAGACCAUAGUAUUAGAAAGUUUAAUAAACUGAUGCAUUUUUAUAAUACUAACAAGAUCCACGCGUUCACUCUGGUAUUGAGUGGGUUGAUGCGUACUACCUUGCCCGUCUCUUCACUUGUGGUAACUCUUAUCAAGCAGGAAUAAUGUAAAACCCAAGAGCUCACACUCAGUAAAGAAAGCUUAUAGUUUCAAAUCUUUUAUUCUGUCUGCCAUUGUUACCUUGUAUUACUGUGAAACCAGUAUUAGCUAUAUUAUGAAUUAAGCUUGAUAUUUAUAAUUUUCUGUACACUAUUUAUCUUUCUCCUGUUGCCUGGGUUUCAAGAUCUGAAGCCAAUAACAAUAGCAAUAUGUUACCUAUUUUUAACAUGAAGAGUUCUUCAUAUAGCACUGAUUUAAAACAACACAUUUAAUGAGCUGAGUUGCCAAAAGUUGGUUGUCAAGUGUAUGAAACAAGCUGAUGUUAAACAGCAACAGAAUUGUCUACACACAAAUCUUACUUUUCUUCCCUCACACCAAACGUUAACCUAUCGCAGAAGAGAGAAUGCUAAAAGUUUUUAUAUCUUUAUAGUUAGGUAUGGUUUGGGUUUCUAUUUGAAAGUAGUACUGUGACUUGUCAAAAUAUAUCUGCGUGCUUUAAGAGGUGUGUUCAGAUAUAAUAAAAGCUGCAUCCACAAGAUACACAGGAUGGGUUGAAUGUCAGAGCUCCGCAUUUCUCAUAGCUCUUGGACAAAAAUCAACGCAAUCUGCCUUAACUAAAUAUUUACUUACAUGAUAAACUGUGCCUGCAGAAGGCAGAUAAAGACUGACACUAGUAAUUCAUUAUCUUGGGGCAUGCAUAUUUUGUUCCACACUUGAGCAACACCACUGCAGGUGCUAUAAAGUCUAGGGUAAUUACUGCCAUGAGAAGAAACAGAUCUGAUGAUUUAUCUAGACAAUUAAUAAAUUGAGUUUUAAGAUUUAAAGAUGCAUUGGAUUACACUGAUGUUAUCAAAACUGAUAGCAGUGCAUGGCUUCUGCUGACAAUAACCUUCAAGCUUAAGUAGUUUUACCUACAAUGGUAAGAAAUUAGUAGGAAGUUUAAUUUGGAUUCUGUCAUGCACAGGAAUUGUUUCCAAAUGCUCAGAUCCUGAGAUUCAGAGAGCGAUCCUGUGUGAAAACACCUUCCAGAAUUAGAAGAGCAAGAUAACUUGCAUCUGUGUCUAUGAAGAGCACUUUACAUCUGGAAUUUGUAAAUGUUGCCAGGUUACCUUACAAGAAAAAUAAAUAAAUUAUGACACUUUUA